GAGUCUGCAUUUGAUUGGAUUUGAAGCACCCAGCGUCUUCCCUGUCAAGGGCUGCAACGACACGGCCAUCGAAUUCUUGGUGACGGAUCGAGCUUUCGAAAUCUCGAUUCGAUAGGAGGUAUAGUACCUCCACUUUGAUGCAAAUGUCGGCCAACAUGAGAUCCAUCACACCUCACGGAAGUGGUCACCGCAACCCCCAAUUGCAGUAUUCGGAUUAAACAUAUUCCUUAUGCUGCGGAGUGCUGCCUGAUACGCCCUUAGUCCGGUACCCAAGCUUUUGUGGCGACUUUCGGGCACACCAAACAAUGGGAAUUGCGGUUUGUCGUCAACCGUAUUCUCGAUCAGGCCCCGCUUGUGGAACCCGAUUCACAAGGAACGCCUUCCUCUUCAGAGUGUCAUCUUUCUGGUUCAGAAGAUCUCUACAUAACCAGGUUCAAUGCUGCACUGCUACAUCUGUCCACCCUGGUAUUACCAAUUCGACUACGCGCGAGGAACCUUUUGGCGUGGACUUAUUCAACCUCUCUCGAGGCGGAGCAACAUCCGGGAUUGAUUUUGGAGGCAGGGGUCGUUCCAAAAUGGCAUCGCGGAACUGGGAGCAGAACGAUAAUGAAGCAGUAGAAGGCGAGGCGGUCUGGCGAUACUUGGACACAGCUCCUCAACCCUCAAAUUUUUCCACCCAAUGGCUACUGUCACCGAAUGCUACCCCGCCUAUAUGGCCACAAAUCUACAAGGUACCAUUCGCGACCACUUCGGGGCUUUCUCGCAGCCCUCCACCUACAACUGGUCAAUCCAUUAACCCUUUUGAUGGAACCUUUGGAGACGCUGCGGCAUGGACCGCGUGGGGAGACUGGGAUGGCUUGGGAGAAAAUGGAAAUAAGGGAGAUGGGGGGUUGGGUGGUGGGUUGGAAGCCCAGCAAAUUUGGCCUGGCUUCACGACAGGCAUAUCCCCACAUAAUUCCGAUAUCUCGAGUCCAGUAUCCUACGCUCCAAGAAUAGACUCGAGUGAAAGAGAUUCUGCCAGCAAUGGGCACGCCUACUCGCCUCACACCACGGCCAAAUUCCUUUCCGUGCGAAGCGCAGAAACAGGUAAUGGGGGCAGUGGAAUGGCAGAAGCAUGGCCGUCGGUGCCCUCGAGUUACCUUGAAUCCUCGGAUAUGCAAGGCGUAGUAGGAAUACCAGAGGGGGAUAGUUUCCCGAGGGGUCAAAAACUAAGCACGAUACAGGAGUUGGUGAACCACGUUUUCAGUUCUCCCGCGCACACAGAGCCUAUAUCCUCCCCAGCCACAUCAAUAGCAUCACCUAAACCGUUCUCUAAAACCCUCAAGAAUAGAGAGUCGAGACUUCAAUCAGCAGAGUCCGGUGAUGAGAGUCGGCAGAGCAGUCACGCACAGAGCGAGAAGAGGUAUAGGACGACAUUAAACGGCCGGUUUUCAAGUCUGCUUCAGGCUCUUCCGGACCCGAUGGUAGAACAGACUGGACCGUUUAAAGGUAGAUUGACGGCCGAGAAACCAGCGACUAAGGCGAAUACCCUCGAUCACGCAAUGCUCCACAUCCGAAAUCUGGAGGCUGAAGAACAGGAGCUCAAGGAAGAAAGUUUAGUAUUAGAGGGACAGGUAGCUGCGUAUAAGAGAUUGCUUGAUGGGAGAGGUGGCCUCUGGAAGAAGUGGCCAGAAACUUGAUUUACUGAUCCGCACUCUUUAUUUACCCUGUUGAGAGGAGAGUGUUUCGUUUUGAACGCUCAUAUGGAAAUGAGGAGUAAUCAGAGGGCGACGGAUAUUGAAAGAGCAUAAAAUGUUUUACCUUGAAAAAGCAGAGCUCUAGUAUCAGCAGGA